AUGAUUAAAAAUGCAUUUUCAGGGAUGAAUGGUCUUUUGUUCUUGGUCGCUGCAACAUGUCUGACUACGCCCAUAGUGAUGUCAUUUUCAAUCGGCCUGAUACCGACAGACGUUUUAGAAGAAAUGGAGAAUGAAGCAGUGUCUAGUGCAGUAUUCGCUGACGAAGUACCGCCACGGCCCGAAGAGGGACCCACUAAGGAAUAUGUUGACCAAUCUGAAAGUGAAAGUGAAAGUGACAGUAAAAAUGAAAGAAGACAACACCGAGCCAUGAUGGCUGCACAGAAAGAUGCGCUGUUUCGAAUGCCCGUGACCUAUGGCAGUUUACAGUCGGACAUCUGCGAACGGCUGCUAGACAGAAGUGAUGACGCGCAGGACUUGGAAGACACUGCAGAGGAAGGCUUCACAGGGAUGUCCAGUGAAGACGAAGACGACACGGCGAGUCUUAUGAAACUAAAGAAAACCACAAUGACAAUGUUCCGUAAAGCAUGCCGAUCAGAAAAACAGCUUCGAGAUGCAAUGAACAGAAUGAGGUCCAGCGUGAUGUCAUCUGAGGAGGAAGACAGCGAGGAAGACGGCAGUGCAAAGAAGCGGAUGCAUCAUGGGCGAGGUAUGGAUAACAUGAAGGGACAAGGUAGAGAAAGGAUGCACCAGAAAUCGAAUGGGAAAUACAGUUCCGAAGAGGCAAAUGGAGAGGCAGAGGGAGAGGGAGAGGGAGAAAUGAAAAGAAAAGGACAAAAACACAACCAGUAUGGGAAAAACAAAGAAGACAUGCGCGAGAAAAUGAAGGAAAGAAUGCAACAGAAAAAUGAGAAACACAAUUCAGAAGGAGAAGGAGAGGGAGAGGGAGAGGAAGAAAUGAACGAAGACGGAAAUAUGAAAAUGAAAGGAAAAGGACAAAAACAUAACCAGAACGGAAACAACAAAGAUGAUAUGCGCGAGAAAAUGAAGGAAAGAAUGCAACAGAAGAAUAGGAAACAGAGUUCAGAAGAGAAAGAAGGAGAAAUGAACGAAGAUGGAGAUAUGGAAAGGAAAGGAAAAGGACAAAAACAUAACCAGAACGGAAACAACAAAGAUGACAUGCGCGAGAAAAUGAAGGAAAGAAUGCAACAGAAGAAUGGGAAACAGAGUUCAGAAGAGAAAGAAGGAGAAAUGAAAUGA